ACGCUGUUAUUUGGAAAUUAUAGUCUUUGAGAACAGAUAUUUUGCAAAAAAAAAACCAUAUUUUCAAUGCAAAAAAUAAUACAGAAUUGGGCCGAAUGGAGAUUUACAGCGGUCUUCCCCAUUUUCAUACAGAAAUUCAAACCAAAAUGGCGGCAACCCACGAAUGUGUCCUUCGUACAAGGACAGGCUUGUCCCGUAUUCAGAUGGACUGCAACAGACAAGUCGUCGCAUGCCCCCUGUCCAAGACGUCAAUUGGUGUUUGGCAGACAGCAGAUCUAUCUCAAAAGCCACUAGAGCUGUCAGGCCAUCAGAAGGAGGUAACAUGUAUUUGCCUGAGUGAAGAACUGCCUCUUUUUCUCUGCUCUGCGUCACAAGAUACCAUUAAUGUGUGGGACCUUCAAAAAAUGUUAUGUUGCUAUGGCAAUUCCAUUGAAGGUAGAGGCCCUCCUACUCCUCCUAGAUGCGUGGGAAAGAAUUUAGGGGAAGUGCAGCACCUCAGCUUUAACCCUGCAAAUGUUCUCAUCACUGUGUGUAUCGGCAAGGAGGUCUGGGUUCUUAAUAUUCAGACUUGCAAACUUGACACAGUAUUAGAGGGGCAUACAAGUGUGGUAACACAAGCACAAUUCUGUCCCUGGGCUGAGUUUACAAUUGUCACUAUAAGUGAGGACAGAACUUUUAAGGUGUGGAAUAUAAAGGAAUCCAGCCUAAUUUAUCAAUCUGCAAUAAUAUCAGUUUCUCCAUUCAUCUCUCUUGCACUUGAUCCACUCAAGAAGUGCAUCGCUAUUGGCUCAGCUGAUUCCAAGAUAAGAAUAUAUGAUCUAUGUGAAGAUCAAGGGUUUCGCUGCUUGCGUGAGAUGGAUGUGGGACGCAUGCUGCAGAAAGUUGCAGACACCAAGCCUCAGACCAAUGAGAAUUCAGAUGAAGGCCCCACAGUUAUCAGUAGUCAGCCCCGCUGGCAAUCUGACGGGAACCCUGUUUUGCCUCCUGACCCAGAGGGGCCUGGUGAAGUAGAAUCAGAAGCUAGUAUACUUGGGCUUCUCUUUGUAAGCACAAAUGGCUAUAAGAGGUCACAAGUCAAGGAGGAGAAACCAAAUCUUCCUUUCCUGAAUCGGCCAUCACACUCUUCUGUUAGUGGUGUUUUUGAGUCCCCAACUUUGCUUGUAGCUGGUACGACCGCUGCCACCUUGAUCAUCAACUGUAACACUUGGGAAAUCAUUUAUGUGCUAGACUUCAAAGAACCAGUACUGUCAAGCAAUGAGAUAGACAACGCACAGUACAAUCUACCGACUGCUGGGUCAUAUGCAUUCGUCAAUUCGUACAGCAAUAGGGUCCUUUGUCUUAUUGGAAGUCUGUUCAACAAUGCUGUACACGUCAUCAACAUCCACUUGCCAAAUAUGGAAGAGCUGCCUAAUAAGAAAAUAGGACGCAUGGACGCCAACGAGUUAUUAUCAAGUCGCCUUUCACAAAGCAUCAGUCUCAAUACUAGUGGAGUCUGCGAUACUGGAGCGUUACGACCCGAGCAGGAGAUGUUAACAGUUUUGUCUAGUGCGCCUCUUUGCGCAAACUCGCCGCUCAAAGCCGAGCUGGUUCUAAAGCCACCUGCCGGGAAAUCUGUAAAGAAAACAGCGGUAAAACCAGCCACGGCACGAGGGAAAUCCUCGGCCAUUCAGGACCAACCACUGACCUUUAAAUCCAAAGUGAAAUCAUCCGGGUACAUCGACGUGCCAAGGACAAAAAUGUUUUCUCCCAAGACGAAUGCGGCAAAACUACCUAAAGAACCAACACGAAAGUCGAGCACAGACAGACAAACGAGUAUUCUAGCUAAAGAGUAUCCGCUGGAGAGUGAACCGCCAACGCAGUUAAAAGAAAAGUUUCCGCUGACCUGUCAACCCACCGCAAUCAGCGAAAUCGUGUACUCGGGCAGCGGUAAACAUGUGGCAUGCGCAUUAGCGAAUAAAACAGCGCAUGUCCUUAGAGUGUCACCCGCUGGAAAACAAAUUGUUUUGACAGGUCAUGAUGGCCCUGUGACGUCAGCCAAGUUUAGUCACGAUGAUCGGUGGUUGCUGACGUCAUCCACAGACCGGACUGUCCGGUUGUGGUCCCCGGCUGUGUCCGACCCUCUACUUGUUAUUAAUACAGUAAAGCAUAAUUUCACCUCGGAUGUGGGGACAAAGUCGAAAGAAAAGGAUAAUCUUCCCUUCUCGAAGGAAGUGAGUCAAUCGUCGUUUUACUAUGUUGACAAGUUUAUUCUUUUAUCUUGCGGAAACGGGCUUUACCUCUACAAAUACCACAUCGACCCCGUCAAGGACGAAAUUAAAAGAUACCAAAGUAACAAUAAAUACAAGCUUGUGACGAUGACGCAGUUGGAGCGUGCCCAGAAUAUAACCUGCUUUUCUUGUGUCAACAGUUUUCAUUCGUAUAUCGUGUUCUGCUGUGGCUCUAACAAGUCGAUCGAGGUCAUAGAUAUGAACGCAGGGCGUGUCGUGCGGGUGAUACUGGAUGCACACACACGACCAGUGCACAGCAUAUGCCAAAACCAGGGCUCCGCAUUCGCUGCGCACCCAACCGAGGCAUACGAUCUCUUUCUGACGGCCGCAGUGACUGACGGGAUCAAAUUGUGGGAUCUCCGUACGAACAAGUGCGUCAGACGGUACGAGGGUCACGUGAACAGAUCUCACCCCGUCGGCCUCGCUUUCAGUCCCUGUGCUAGAUACAUCGCGACUGGGUCUGAGGACCGCUCGGUAUGUGCAAGCCACCAGUACCACGCAUGCGUAGCCGGAAGCGUUACCGGAGAUGCCCGCGUGGGCUGCGAAACACUCCCUUCCGGUUUGAAAUAUUUCAGCCUUUACGUAAUAACAGUGAGCAACAGUUUGCAUGUUUGUUUGUUAGUUUUGUUGUUGUUGUUGUUGUUGUUGUUUUUCAAGUAUCUGCUUCGCUGCAUCUUUACUGACUGAAGUUUGUAAAAUGACUUGAAUAUUUGUUACUUUUGCCCCUCUUCAUUGCUAUGAACUAUAGAGUUUUGACAAAAGAAAGCCGCUCAUGUUUACUACACAACGAUUGUCUGUGUGAUUGAAGUUAUUUGAGCGCAUUCAAACCAUGUUAGAAAAAUAACAAAUUUUCGCAUCGCCGAAACGGAAAACCGAAAAGACUGAUGUUUUUUUAUCAUUCUUUUGAAACAAAUCGUGCACUUCCUGUAAAACAGCGCAAAAACAACAUAAUUCCUAGCUUACUCCCCCGCCCCUACUCCCCCUCUGUGCAGCCCUCCUGUUAGAAGAAUAUGAUCACAACACAUUUACUCGUGGUUGCGUUUUGUAAAUUAGGCGUACUUGUUUGAUAUUCGCGGCACGUCCUUCAGUCAUCGUCUUACAGGUCACACAGAAGUUGUAUCAGACGUAGCCUUUCAUCCAGCUAGACCAGAGGUAAGAAGCGAAAAUGUGCGAGUACUGUGGCUAUCACGAGGCGUUAAAGGUGGACAAAAAAAUCGUGGAGGGUUAAUU